AUGGAAAGGUUAUAAAAUACAAGAAGCCUUAAAGGCAUCAUCGAUAAGGCAGAAUUUUAAAAUGAUAAAAUUAUAUAUGAAUUAGAAUAUGAUAAAUUUGAUAUCAUGUAAUGA